AUGCUCAGUGCGACGCCCAGAACGAAUUCACAUGCAGAUUCCGGUGCGGAACCCCCUAGUGUGGAACCCUUUCCUGUGAUCACGGCCGCCGGGGGCGUAGUCCCUAAGUCGCAGCGUUUAGACCUCAUUUGGGGUGACAAGCCUUGUACGGUGCUGGUGCCGCUGGUGGCGCCAGACACGGUGCUGGUGCCGCUGGUGGCGCCAGACACGGUGCUGGUGCCGCUGGUGGCGCCAGACACGGUGCUGGUGCCGCUGGUGCCGCCAGACACGGUGCUGGUGCCGCUGGUGCCGCCAGACACGGUGCUGGUGCCGCUGGUGCCGCCAGACACGGUGCUGGUGCCGCUGGUGGCGCCAGACACGGUGCUGGUGCCGCUAGUGGCGCCAGACACGGUGCCGGUGCCGCUGGUGGCGCCAGACACGGUGCUGGUGCCGCUGGUGGCGCCAGACACGGUGCUGGUGCCGCUGGUGGCGCCAGACACGGUGCUGGUGCCGCUGGUGCCGCCAGACACGGUGCUGGUGCCGCUGGUGGCGCCAGACACGGUGCUGGUGCCGCUGGUGGCGCCAGACACGGUGCUGGUGCCGCUGGUGGCGCCAGACACGGUGCUGGUGCCGCUGGUGGCGCCAGACACGGUGCUGGUGCCGCUGGUGCCGCCAGACACGGUGCUGGUGCCGCUGGUGGCGCCAGACACGGUGCCGCUGGUGCCGCUGGUGGCGCCAGACACGGUGCCCGUGCCGCUGGUGGCACCUGACACGGUGCUGGUGCCGCUGGUGCCGCCAGACACGGUGCUGGUGCCGCUGGUGGCGCCAGACACGGUGCUGGUGCCGCUGGUGGCGCCAGACACGGUGCUGGUGCCGCUGGUGGCGCCAGACACGGUGCCGGUGCCGCUGGUGGCGCCAGACACGGUGCUGGUGCCGCUGGUGGCGCCAGACACGGUGCUGGUGCCGCUGGUGGCGCCAGACACGGUGCUGGUGCCGCUGGUGGCGCCAGACACGGUGCCCGUGCCGCUGGUGGCGCCAGACACGGUGCCCGUGCCGCUGGUGGCGCCAGACACGGUGCCCGUGCCGCUGGUGGCGCCAGACACGGUGCCCGUGCCGCUGGUGGCGCCAGACACGGUGCUGGUGCAGCUGGUGGCGCCAGACACGGUGCCCGUGCCGCUGGUGGCGCCAGACACGGUGCCGGUGCCGCUGGUGGCGCCAGACACGGUGCCGGUGCCGCUGGUGGCGCCAGACACGGUGCCCGUGCCGCUGGUGGCGCCAGACACGGUGCCGGUGCCGCUGGUGGCGCCAGACACGGUGCCCGUGCCGCUGGUGGCGCCAGACACGGUGCCCGUGCCGCUGGUGGCGCCAGACACGGUGCCCGUGCCGCUGGUGGCGCCAGACACGGUGCCCGUGCCGCUGGUGGCGCCAGACACGGUGCUGGUGCCGCUGGUGGCGCCAGACACGGUGCCCGUGCCGCUGGUGGCGCCAGACACGGUGCCGGUGCCGCUGGUGGCGCCAGACACGGUGCCCGUGCCGCUGGUGGCGCCAGACACGGUGCCCGUGCCGCUGGUGGCGCCAGACACGGUGCCCGUGCCGCUGGUGGCGCCAGACACGGUGCCCGUGCCGCUGGUGGCGCCAGACACGGUGCCCGUGCCGCUGGUGGCGCCAGACACGGUGCUGGUGCCGCUGGUGGCGCCAGACACGGUGCUGGUGCAGCUGGUGGCACCAGACACGGUGCUGGUGCCGCUGGUGGCACCAGACACGGUGCUGGUGCCGCUGGUGGCACCAGACACGGUGCUGGUGCCGCUGGUGGCGCCAGACACGGUGCUGGUGCAGCUGGUGGCACCAGACACGGUGCUGGUGCCGCUGGUGGCACCAGACACGGUGCUGGUGCCGCUGGUGGCGCCAGACACGGUGCUGGUGCCGCUGGUGGCACCAGACACGGUGCUGGUGCCGCUGGUGGCGCCAGACACGGUGCUGGUGCAGCUGGUGGCACCAGACACGGUGCUGGUGCCGCUGGUGGCACCAGACACGGUGCUGGUGCCGCUGGUGGCACCAGACACGGUGCUGGUGCCGCUGGUGGCGCCAGACACGGUGCUGGUGCCGCUGGUGGCGCCAGACACGGUGCUGGUGCAGCUGGUGGCGCCAGACACGGUGCCCGUGCCGCUGGUGGCACCAGACACGGUGCUGGUGCCGCUGGUGGCGCCAGACACGGUGCCGGUGCAGCUGGUGGCACCAGACACGGUGCUGGUGCCGCUGGUGGCACCAGACACGGUGCUGGUGCCGCUGGUGGCACCAGACACGGUGCUGGUGCCGCUGGUGGCGCCAGACACGGUGCUGGUGCCGCUGGUGGCACCAGACACGGUGCUGGUGCCGCUGGUGGCACCAGACACGGUGCUGGUGCAGCUGGUGGCACCAGACACGGUGCUGGUGCCGCUGGUGGCACCAGACACGGUGCUGGUGCCGCUGGUGCCGCCAGACACGGUGCUGGUGCCGCUGGUGGCACCAGACACGGUGCUGGUGCCGCUGGUGGCGCCAGACACGGUGCUGGUGCAGCUGGUGGCGCCAGACACGGUGCCCGUGCCGCUGGUGGCGCCAGACACGGUGCCCGUGCCGCUGGUGGCGCCAGACACGGUGCUGGUGCCGCUGGUGGCGCCAGACACGGUGCUGGUGCAGCUGGUGGCACCAGACACGGUGCUGGUGCCGCUGGUGGCACCAGACACGGUGCUGGUGCCGCUGGUGGCACCAGACACGGUGCUGGUGCCGCUGGUGGCGCCAGACACGGUGCUGGUGCAGCUGGUGGCACCAGACACGGUGCUGGUGCCGCUGGUGGCACCAGACACGGUGCUGGUGCCGCUGGUGGCGCCAGACACGGUGCUGGUGCCGCUGGUGGCACCAGACACGGUGCUGGUGCCGCUGGUGGCGCCAGACACGGUGCUGGUGCAGCUGGUGGCGCCAGACACGGUGCUGGUGCCGCUGGUGGCACCAGACACGGUGCUGGUGCCGCUGGUGGCGCCAGACACGGUGCUGGUGCCGCUGGUGGCGCCAGACACGGUGCUGGUGCAGCUGGUGGCGCCAGACACGGUGCCGGUGCAGCUGGUGGCGCCAGACACGGUGCUGGUGCCGCUGGUGGCGCCAGACACGGUGCCGGUGCAGCUGGUGGCACCAGACACGGUGCUGGUGCCGCUGGUGGCACCAGACACGGUGCUGGUGCCGCUAGUGGCACCAGACACGGUGCUGGUGCCGCUGGUGGCGCCAGACACGGUGCUGGUGCCGCUGGUGGCACCAGACACGGUGCUGGUGCCGCUGGUGGCACCAGACACGGUGCUGGUGCAGCUGGUGGCACCAGACACGGUGCUGGUGCCGCUGGUGGCACCAGACACGGUGCUGGUGCCGCUGGUGGCGCCAGACACGGUGCUGGUGCCGCUGGUGGCACCAGACACGGUGCUGGUGCCGCUGGUGGCGCCAGACACGGUGCUGGUGCAGCUGGUGGCGCCAGACAGCGUCCACGAGCGUCUUAAAGUCUAA